AUGCUCGCGAAGAAACUGUUUGCAGCGCCCAUCCAAUCUCGGUUUAUGCACUCGGCCACAAUGGCGAACGCUAGAGCGGCCCGCAUCAGGAAUCCUGCAUUAUUCAUCUGUGAUAUCCAGGAGAGAUUUAGAUCGAUUACAUAUGAAUUCCCGAAAUUAGUAUUUACGUCCCUCAAACUCCUUCGAGCUUCCAAGCCUCUCAACAUCCCGAUAUACGUAACAACACAGAACACCGCACGCCUGGGUCCCACUGUCGCCGAGUUCGAUGAAUACCUUCAGCCCUCGAACCCUAACUUACGCAUCAAUUGUGACAAAACCCUCUUCUCGAUGAUAACGCCUGAAGUCAAGGAGAAAUUACCAAACACAGCCAGCGAGCAACCUCUUGAUGCUAUAAUUGUUGGACUUGAAUCGCAUGUCUGCGUGACUCAAUCAGCUCUUGACCUUCUAUCAUUGGGCCAUCGGGUGUACAUUAUUGCUGAUGGGGUGAGCAGUGCCAAUCCAGAGGAGAGACAUGUAGCGUUGGCUAGACUACGGGAUGCAGGUGCUACUGUGACCACGAGUGAGAGCGUGUUGUUUGAGAUCAUGGGUGAUUCUAAGAUAGGGGUAUUUAGGGAGAUUAGUGGGCUAGUUAAAGAAACUGGGAAGGAGACCAAGAGUGCUUUGGAAGCAUUCUGCUCCGCUAGCAAGAUUUAG